AUGACAAGUCUGUCGAGGUUUAGUGGCUGCCCUCUUUCUUGCGUCAACCCCGGGGAGAGCAAUACUGAACCCAGCGUGGUGCUGCCACCUUUGGCAGGGGAGCACAUGGGGCACCCCACUGGCACUUCCUUAAAACUCUGCCCCUCGCACAAUUUGCGAGACUACCCCGAGACGAGGGCCAGUUCAUAUGUUGACCACUCGAUCCCCCAUCUUCCAGACACUGGAUACACCAACCACCGCAUAGAACACAGUCCUAGGGGCAUUAUCAUUGGAACCAAUCUGUCAGGAGCGGGCAUGCCACCAGUAACAGAUCAACUGGCACCGAGGGCAAACCAACAUGGCGCAAUUGGAAGGUACCGUGACCUCCCUAGCUAUAGGGAUGGCAGGAGCCAUGCGUUCUUCUCUGCAUAUCACGAGCAGGCCCACGGUUCCACCGAUGCCGCCCGAGAUCUGAGCAGCCAAGUGAUGUUGGGUCUUCCAGGGGAUAUUCUCACAAGAACGCACCCUUACGGCCAAACUCUCAGCGGCCCCAGGGCCAACAACCAGCAGCUAGUUACGCAAUUUCUGGGGCUCUAUAAGCCCCUGAAUAUGGCCAUGCAGCGUGGAGGGGGUGACACCUUCCUAAGGUGCUCCAGGCAGAACCCAAAGCACGAGCUGGUUUGCAAAUGGAGUGACGGCCAAGAGGGGGUUGGCAAACCGCCCUGCGGUAGGACUUUUGGGACCAUGUAUGAACUUGUCACCCAUGUGACGGUGGAACAUGUCGGGGGACCCGAGCACUCCGAGUACGUGUGCCACUGGGAGAACUGUUCCAGGGAUAAAAAACCCUUCAAAGCCAAAUACAAACUGGUGAACCAUGUCAGAGUCCACACAGGGGAAAAGCCUUUUCCCUGUCCCUUUCAUGGAUGUGAAAAAGUUUUCGCAAGAUCCGAAAACCUCAAGAUUCAUAAGCGAACGCAUACAGGUGAAAAACCCUUUAAGUGUGAAUUUGAAGGUUGCAAUCGGAGGUUCGCAAACAGCAGCGACCGGAAGAAGCAUUCUCACGUUCACUCCAGCGAUAAGCCGUAUAUCUGCAAAGUCAGAGGCUGCGAGAAAUGCUAUACCCACCCAAGCUCCUUACGCAAACACAUGAAACUCCACUGUAAGGCCUACAUUGCUAAAAUCAACGAAGAAGACGAGCACCUUGCCGAGGUCAGAUCCCCCGAAGUGUCAGAACAACCAGACACAUCGUCUCCUGCCGCAGUGACUCGGGCCCUGCCGACUGCUCCCUCGCAAGAGUCUAUGUCUCCCGAGAUUCGCAGUGAGUCAACUCUGAGGUCACGUUUCCAUCACACGUUUGACAACAGUUUGGACUAUUCUGCACACAGGCCACAGUCUCUCUUGGACCCUUUAUUGAUACAGCGAGGCAAUUACAGACACGAGCCUGCACAGUAUCCAUGCAGCCAGGCAAGUCACACUUUCGGUCCGAGCCACAGGACAUUUGCGUCUAACUCACCUUUCCAGAAAACUCUUGUGAAUGGCUGGUAUACAUGUCACACUGGGGUAGAGGCUUUCCCGUCCAAGCACUGCGGUAAUGACGUAUCCUCUAUUUAA